GAGCAACAGGCAGGGUUAGAGGGUCUCACAGGAGAGCAGGAUCAGGAUUAACCCAGCUCCUCCGGCAGGGACACUGCAAGUCCAGCAGGAUGCACCAUGAGGAGAUCUCACCCUUGCUUCGUCCCAGAUACGGCUCCAUAGUUGAUGACGAAAGGCUUUCGGCUGAGGAAAUGGAUGAAAGGAGACGGCAAAAUAUUGCAUACGAGUAUUUGUGUCAUCUUGAGGAAGCGAAAAGGUGGAUUGAAGCCUGCUUAGUCGAAGAACUCCCGCCAACCACAGAGCUGGAAGAAGGUUUGAGAAAUGGCGUGUACCUGGCUAAACUGGGAAGAUUCUUUGCUCCAAAAUUGAUCUCUGAAAAAAAGAUUUAUGAUGUGGAACAAAUACGUUUUAAGAGAUCUGGCCUUCAUUUUCGACACACAGACAAUACGGUGCAGUGGUUACGAGCCAUGGAGUCCAUUGGGUUACCUAAGAUAUUUUAUCCAGAAACGACAGAUGUUUAUGAUCGGAAAAACAUCCCACGUGUUAUAUACUGCAUUCAUGCACUGAGUUUAUAUCUCUUCAAACUUGGCAUUGCGCCCCAGAUACAGGAUUUACUGGGAAAAGUUGACUUUACAGAGGAAGAAAUCAGCAAUAUGAGGAAAGAACUGGAAAAAUAUGGCAUUCAGAUGCCGUCUUUUAACAAAAUUGGAGGAAUUUUAGCAAACGAGCUCUCCGUCGAUGAAGCUGCCUUACAUGCUGCCGUGAUUGCGAUUAAUGGGGCUUUGGACAAGGGAAUUGCAAGUCAAACGAUGGUAACACUCAGAAACCCCAACGCAAUGCUUCUAAAUGUGGAAGAGGGUUUGGAAGACAAUUACCACAAAGAGCUCGUACAAGCAAAGAAAAUUAAAGAGGAAAAUGCAAAAUUAAAGAAUAGUGUCAUUUCUGAAGAAGAAAGGGAUGUAUAUGAAGAAUUACUUACCCAAGUCGAGAUACAAGGCCAUAUCAAUAAGGUUAACACCAAUGUAGCCUUAGUCCAAGUAAAUGAGGCCAUUGACAAGAACGAUGAAGUUGCUCUAAUGCAGAGUCUGCUGCUCCCUGUUCUGAGUCUCUUUGAAGUUCAGCAGCAAAAUUCGUCAUGGUACCUGACACAGUUGUGUAAUUCUAAAGAACAGAAAUCGCAGAAAGCAGGUGUUCCCAGUACUCUUGACAAAAGCGAGGUUCAGAAAGACGUUAGUGUUGCCAAUAAGGAUUCUGAGGCUCAUGUUCUUAUGCUAAAUGCAGUUGAAAAGAUCAAUAGCGCAAUUCGUAACUUAGAUUCUGCCCAAACUCUGGCGACACUCAUGCUCCCCGAGGCCCGUUUGCCUGAUGUCCACCCAUUUGCUGAAACUUUGUAUCAGAAUGAGCUUCUCAGCCUUCAGAAUCAAAACCCUGAGAACUACUUGGCACAUGAAGAGCUUUUUAUUGCUGUGGAGAUGCUAUCUGCUGUCGCUCUGCUGAAUCAGGCUCUGGAUAACAAUGAUAUCAAUGCGGUUCAGAUGCACCUUUCCAGCCAAUCAAUUGGCCUCAACAACCUAGAAGAGGACAAUGUGCAGCGCUAUAUUGGAACCUUGAUAUCUGUGAAGAGAGAGACGUCGGCCAAAGGACAAGGCUAUCUGAGUUGGAAUGAGAUUCAGAGCAGUAUUGAUAAUGUAAAUGGCGAGGUCCAGGAAGAAAAUGAAAGGAUCAUUGCAAUUGGUAUAAUUAAUGAUGCAAUUGACCAAGGUGUUCCGCAGAAAACACUAGAAGCACUUUUGUCACCUAGCGCCAAACUUCAGGCGGUUUCUCCAGAAAACGCAUUGCAUUAUCAAGAUGUCCUCCAGCAAGACAAGAUGUCAAAAUGCAAGGAUUCGAAUGAUGAAGCUGCAGCUCUUUGGCUAGACGAAAUACAGAAAGGCAUUCUCCGAGCGAACCAGGACACAGAAGAUGCUCACAAACUGUCAGGUGGUGUAGCAGAAAUUAACUUGGCUCUGGAAAAGAAUGAAGUGCAGAGUACCCUAUUGGCCUUGCAGUCUUCUAAGACGGGACUAAAAGGAGUGCUUCCUGAGUGUUCCGAAACGUAUCACAACAAGCUUUCUGAAGCCAAGCAGAAAAAGACUGGUGAAGGAACCGAGGAGAGUUCUUGGAUGAAGUUAAGACUAAAAGAUAACUACUACUAUUUUUACAAUUUUGAAACUGAAGAAGGAAGCUGGGCUGAGCCAGAAGGGAUCACUACAAAGAGUUCUUGGCUUACUCGGGAAGAAAUUCAGACCAUCGUUGGGAAUAUCACCGCAGAUUAUAAUCGGGAACAGUUGUGGAUGGCCAAUGAAAGCCUCAUUACUUUGUUACAAGCACGAAUGAGGGGCUACCUUGUCCGAAAAGGUUUCAGAGAGAGGAAAACAUAUCUUCAUCAACAGGAGCCUUCCACUGUCAAACUCCAGGCGUCUUGGAAAGGAUACAAACAGAGGAAAUCCUACACAGACAGACUAAAACUGUUACAAGGAAAUAUUGUGGGUAUAGUCAAGAUUCAGUCUUGGUACCGGAUGUUAAAAGCAAAAAAAGCUUACCAGAAACGACAGCAAUAUUUCAAGGAACACGAAAAAGAGAUCAUUAAAAUACAAGCAUUUCUUAAGGCUAACAAAGCCAGGGAAGACUAUAGAACAUUAAUUAAUUCUGAUGACCCACCACUGAACGUUGUGAGAAAGUUUGUCUACCUUCUGGAUCAAAGUGAUUUGGACUUUCAGGAAGAAUUGGAAGUGACACGGUUGAGAGAGGAAGUUGUCACAAAAAUUAGGUCAAACCAACAGCUGGAGAAAGAUCUGAACAUCAUGGAUAUUAAAAUUGGGCUUUUAGUAAAAAAUAGAAUAACACUGCAGGACGUUGUGUCCCACAGUAAGAAACUAAACAAGAAAAGCAAAGGCCAAGUUGAGGAGAUGUUGACAGUGGACAAACAGGGCAUUAAGGGGCUCAGUAAGGAAAAGAGAAAGAAGCUUGAGGCCUAUCAGCAUCUUUUCUAUCUCCUGCAGACUAACCCGACCUAUUUGGCCAAGCUGAUUUUCCAGAUGCCACAAAAUAGGUCGACCAAAUUUAUGGAUACAGUGAUCUUCACACUAUAUAACUAUGCUUCUAAUCAACGAGAAGAAUACCUUCUGCUAAAACUCUUUGAAACUGCUUUACAAGAGGAAAUAAAGUCCAAAGUUGACCAAAUACAAGAUAUCGUCACUGGAAACCCUACUGUAAUAAAAAUGGUGGUCAGUUUCAACCGUGGUGCUCGGGGGCAAAAUACCCUGCGACAACUGCUGGCUCCUGUAGUUAAAGAAAUUAUUGAAGACAAGUCACUCAUUAUAAAUACCAGUCCUGUAGAAGUGUACAAAGCGUGGGUAAACCAGCUGGAGACCGCCACCGGCGAAGCAAGCAAGUUACCAUAUGAUGUCACAACUGAGCAGGCACUGUCCCACACUGAAGUCCUUAAUAAAUUAGAGUCCUCCAUCCAAAGCCUACGAACGGUGACUGACAAAGUGCUCCAGUCCAUAUUCUCAUCUCUGGAUCUUAUUCCUUAUGGAAUGAGAUAUGUUGCCAAAGUUUUGAAAAAUUCCCUGCAUGAAAAAUUCCCGGAUGCAACGGAAGACGAACUGUUAAAGAUAGUUGGAAACCUCCUUUAUUAUCGGUACAUGAACCCCGCUAUCGUAGCCCCCGAUGGGUUUGACAUCAUUGACAUGACAGCUGGAGGGCAGAUACACUCGGACCAGAGGAGGAACCUGGGUUCUGUGGCCAAAGUCCUUCAGCACGCUGCCUCCAAUAAACUAUUUGAUGGAGAAAAUGCCCACAUGUCCUCCAUGAACACCUACCUGUCGCAGACAUACCAGAAAUUCAGGAAGUUUUUCCAAGCGGCUUGUGAGGUUCCGGAACCCGAGGAGAAAUUCAAUAUUGACGAAUAUUCAGACUUGGUGACUCUCAGCAAACCUGUAAUAUACAUUUCAAUUGAAGAAAUUAUCAACACUCAUUCACUGCUUUUAGAGCAUCAGGAUGCCAUAUCUCCUGACCACAAUGACGUCCUACACGAGCUGCUAGAGGGUCUAGGAACUGUCCCUGACGUUGAAUCCUUUCUUGGUGAAGGAGCGGUGGAUUCCAAUGAUCCCAACAAAGAAACUGCCCUUAGUCAGCUGGCAAAGACCGAAAUAUCCCUUUCGCUCACCAGCAAGUUUGAGCUUAAAGAAGGGCAACAUAAAGACAUGAAGAGCUUGAUGAUCAAGACUAAGAAGCUGAUUGUUGAUGUGAUUCGUACUCAGUCCGGUGGUACGUUGAUUGAAAUCCUGGAAACACCGGCCUCCGUGCCGCAGGAAAGUGAACAUUUAAAAGUGGUCGAGAAAAGAGCAGCUCUAGAUGCCAAGACUCCAGAUAAGAUGAAGCGAAGCAAGUCCGUGCUGGAAGAUAGCGAGCUGCCCUUGGAACAGAAGAAAAGGAAAAUUCAGAGAAAUCUCCGCAUGUUAGAAGAAGCUGGACUUGUGUCUGAAGGGAUGAAGUAUCAAGAGAUCAUCAAUGAGAUUGCGAAGGAUAUCCGUAACCAAAGACGGCACCGGCAGCGACGAAAAGCGGAACUUGUAAAACUGCAGCAAACUCUCAGCGCACUAAACUCCAAAACUGCAUUCUUUGAAGAUCAGAUAAAUUACUAUAACACGUAUAUCAAAACCUGUUUGGACAACUUAACUAGAAAGAACUCAAGGCGUUCCAUCAAGAUGGACGGAAAAGGGGAAGAAAAAAGCACAAAGAAAGUUAAACAUUCUGCUCUGAGAUAUACGGCGUCAAGGUUACACGAGAAAGGUGUCAUUUUGGAGAUAGAGGGACUUCAAACCAACCAGUUCAAAAAUGUUUUAUUUGAUAUCACGCCAGGUGAUGAAGUCGGGGACUUUGAAGUUAAAGCAAAAUUUCUUGGUGUUGAGAUGGAGAAAGUCCAGUUGCAUUUCCAGGACUUGCUCCAGAUGCAGUACGACGGUGUUGCAGUUAUGAAAAUAUUCGACAAAGCGAAAGUCAACGUGAAUCUUCUUAUAUUUCUCCUGAACAGGAAGUUUUAUGGAAAAUAGCUGAUGUGAUGGGUAGACGGACCGGAAUCCAUGCAUCAAAAUCAAUUAUUAUUUGGGGGUUUUUGUAUCUUUUUUUUUUUUUUUUAUUAUUUAAUAUAUUAAAUGAGGGAAUAUUUGAAGAAAAAUAUAUUUGAAUUCAGAGAAAUUUAAUUAAGUAACCAAAAUUAAGCGGUUGAUUGUACAUUGGUGCCUUUCCCCCCCCCUUUUGAUGACAGAGGGUUCAUGUAUUUAUGAACAUUUUGUCGGCUUGAAGUUGUUUGCAGUGCAAUACAUUGUCCCGAGCACUGCUGCACACGUUACUGAUCAUGUGAUUUCUCGGUGGAUAAUCACGUUAAUUUAAAUGCACGCGGUUUUACUAUGUAUAUUUUUUUAAUUGUUGGGAAAAGUAGUACACUAUGACGAUAAACAUUUGAAAACAUGCCUACUGUCUUUUUUUUUUUUUUUUUGUCUUUUGUCCGAAGGCAAAUAAAUAAUUAAUAAAAAUCAAGGAAAAAAAAAUAGUAACUGUGUAUACGUAGAAUCAAAUACAUAUUGUAUGUAAACAUCCAGCUCAGGAGGGUGAUAUGAUUUCGGACUUUCAAUAUAACAUAAUCAUAUUUUUGGAUGAGUCAGUGCUGACAGCGGGUAAACUAACACUUUGCCAAUUUUGAUGGUGAAUUUUUUUUGACAUUUUGUCAUGUUUUUGUUUUGUUUCUUAGUAACACGUAAUUUAUAACUGACCAGAGAUUAUUUGCUGUAAUGCAAUGUUGCAUGAUUCCAUCUCCCGAGUUUAAUGCACUACUGCCUAGUGGCUCUUUGUCUUCUUCGUCCUAUGGCUGUGGUGCGUAGCAGCAAGGUAUCAAAGUAAUGGUUGGUAGUGGUUUUAGUUGGAGAAGCUCCACCCCCCCCCCCCCAUGCUGAUUGUGGAGUCAGCAAUGCUUUGUGGUCCAUUGUUUGAUCCCCCAGCAUUUUAAGGGUUACACAACUUUGGUUUUGUGCCUUUUUAAAUGUCCACUGCUCUGUCGUUGUAAUUUUUUUUUUAAUGCAAUAAAAGCAAAAAAUGUUUCAUUAAAAUUGAUUCUGUGUAAA